CCCUUGAAUAAAAAAGCUUUUUUUUUUUUUUUAUAAAGAAUGGAUUUCAGUUCGUUUAAUCUAGAAGGUGAUGGUCAUGUGUUUAAACAAGACUAUGACCAUGAUGGAGAUAAUGACUUUUUUAACUUUAUGGACGACACUUCCGCACCCAGCAACAAUACGACCUUUGAAAACGGAAGCUUCACUCCAACCGUCACUACGGCCCAUAAAAGUCCCAGUCAUUUCAAUACCGGUGUGUUGGCAGGACAAGCACAAAAUACAACAGACUACGUCAUGUCACCACUUCAAAUCGCUCCUCAGCAUGCCAUGAUGCAAUCCUACCACACUCCUUUACAACAUCCUCUGCACGUCGAAGAGUUUGCGGAUGAAGAGGAGUUCUUUACGCCACUGGUAUCACCGGCCAUGGCACCCACCUACGAUAACAAUUAUUUAAUGGGUAUGAAUAACAACGCACAAAUCUUUUCACCACUUUCUUCUCCGGCGUUACACCCAUCACCUAGCAGCACAAACGGAAGCGAUUCCACCACUCUGCAACAAAAGCUUGCAUUUAUCGAACGACAACAACAGCAAUUACGCAAUAUGCACAACCAAUUACGACCAAACGCCUCUCCCGAUCCCAAUAAGAAACCACUCAAGAAACUGUUGCAGUCACCACGACCCUUUGUCAUGCCCAAAUCCAAAUCAGAUAGUCCCUUAGCAUUAAAACCCAUGACACCACAUACCUCGUUUGUCAAUCAAUCGCCUACCACAACUAAGCAUUCUCCCUUUAUUUCACCCGCAACACCUUCCCUGUUGAUGAAAUUGGGUAGCGGUAUCCCUUCUUCGGGUACAAAUACACAGUAUGCUUCAUCCAAUUUAGUCGUAGAUCAUAUGCCCGUGCUACCUGAUGCCAUGUUACCUCCUGUCGAGGAACCCGAUGUCAAACGACGUCGCAUCUCACAGACUUCACCUACUUCCACUGCCAACUACGAAAUGUCCCCCAGUGGCGGACUGAGACCACAACAAUCACCACGGGCCUUAAAACCCCUCAUCUCACCGUCAUUAAAACCAAAUGGGAAACGCCUGUCGUCUAUUGAGGAAGAGACAGCGCGGGCGUUACUCACAUCGAAAUCGAAUUAUGAGAAUUUAAAAGAAGGAAAGGCUAAGAGUCUGGGGAUUGAUUUUUCCACGACUAUCCAAUCUGGUAUUGAAAAUCGAAGGUCAGCGCAUAAAGCCGCGGAACAAAAGCGAAGAGAUACAUUGAAACAAAGCUUUGAUUCGUUAAGGACAGAGAUUAUUGAAGCUAUGGUGCUAGAGGAUGAAGAAGGUGCUGAUAGACAAGCCAAAGAAAAAGAUGUGAAACAAAUGAGUAAAGUGGUGUUGCUACAGCAUUCAUAUGAGUACAUCUUACGGCUGAAAAAUGAUAAUAAACGAAAAGAUCAGAAACAGGACAAGAUGCGUCAGGAAAUUAUUCACCUGCGUCGACAAUUGGGUUUACCAGAGAUCACUCAAGAGGAAAAGGAUGAAGAAAUGAAGGAAGCCUUGGAAGAAGAAGAACGAAAGCAGGCAAGAUUAAAGCGCUUACAAACAGCCGCUGCCGUAAAUGCUGGUGAAGAAGAUCUUUAA